CAGCGAUGCCGGGGAUAGCGCGACAGUUUUGGCAGCGCAGGAAGUGGAUUCGUUUUACGGCAGGAGGCCCACGUGUUGUAUGGUGGUGAAGAGAUGAGUCCAGCCAGGAAAAGAGGCUGCAGCCUCCAGACCCCGAUCACCAUGGAGGAGGAGGGCCUCUUUGUGACGGAGCCUCCAAUGAGCGCCAGCGAGGACGAGGAGGACAGCGAUGCGGAGCGCCGGCACCGGAAGCUUCUGGACGCCAUCUCUGCUCUGGACGGCAAGAAAAGGAAGAAGUUGUCGGAGCGGACGGAGGCAGGCCUCCAGGUGUCAGAGUUCGGCAUCAGCGCUGAAGGCGCUGGCGAGAAGAUAAACCUGACAGAUCUCAUCGACUCCGUUAAGAAAGUGACCCCUCUGUCCAGCGUGAAGAAGCAGCUAACGAAGCUGAAGGAGACGAGGAGCGUGGAGCUGCCGCUCAGCAAGGAGGAGACGCAGAAGAUCCAGAGAGUCGUCUCCUAUAAAAGGACGUCAGAAGAGAUCUCCAAGUGGGACAACGUAGUGAAGGAGAAUCGAGGUGCGGAGAGGCUGGUCUUCCCCCUCAACGACCAGCCGCUGAAACCUGCGCCCAUAGAGGACACCAUGUCAGGGUGGAAAGCGAGCACGCCGCUGGAGAUGGAGAUAUUCAGCAUCCUGCAUAAAAACAAACAGCCCAUCACUGAUCCUCUGCUCACCCCCAUGGAGGAAGCAUCACUGAAAGCCAUGAGCCUGGGGGAGGCCAAACGGCGCCGAGCAGAGCUCCAAAAAGCAAGAGCCCUCCAGUCCUACUAUGAGGCCAAAGCACGAAGAGAAAAGAAGAUCAAAAGCAAAAAGUAUCACAGGCUGCUGAAGAAAGUCAGACAGAAGGAAGUGUUGAAGAAGUUUGAGGAGCUGCGGAAGUUUAAUCCAGAUGGGGCCCUGGAAGAAUUAGAGAAGCUGGAGAAAGCCAGGAUGCAGGAGCGGAUGUCUCUCAAGCACCAGAACAAAGGGAAGUGGGCGAAAUCCAAGGCCAUUAUUGCCAAAUAUGAUGAAGGGGCGCGCAGAGCCAUGCAGGAGCAGCUCCAGAAGAACAAGGAGUUAACCAGGAAAGUUGUGGUGGUGUCCGAGGAUGAGGAGGAGGAAGAAGAGAAGGUGGAGGAGAUCAUCCCGGACUUUGUCAAUGAGGCACAAAUGAGUCUGGAAGGAGCGAACCCCUGGAUGACAGGAAAGCUGAGGAACGAUGCAAAGGAUCCUGAGACCCAGGAGGAGACGCAGGUGGAAGAAGAGGUGAAUGCCAAGACCGACGAGCAGGAGGAGGAGGAGGAGGAGGUGGAAUCGGAGGAAGAGGCAUUACUGCACGAGUUCCAGGGCAGAAGACGCCUGCGCAAAGAACUGGGCCCAGAGCCGGGGACGGUAGCGGACAGCGCGGCAGAGGACGGCGCCCGAGAAGUGUCGCAGUUCAAUACGCUAUUCCAGAGGUUACUGGACCAGAACAAGAAAGAAGAGCAAGCGCAGGAAAACAUGGCGGCCGAGGAGGAGGAGGAGCCAGUGACGGCUGAGGAGCAGGUGGAGCAGGACAGAACCGAGGAAGAAGAAGGUCCGGUACUAUUAGAGAGCCUGGAGAGGAACCGCACCCUGGAAGAUCUCGAGGCUCUCGGGGAACAGGAGCUGCUGGAUGAGGGGGUCUCUCAGCGGGACAGGCCCCCCAAGAAGCUGGCGGAGAAGACCUCACAACCAACCGGGAAAAAGCGAUCCAAGAAAUCAAAACUCAUCGACUCGAAGGACAUUCUGCCGACUAAGGCGCGACCGGUGCAGGCGCCAUUGCUGCCCACUACAGUGGAGGCAGAGGAGGAGGAGAUUGAUGACGACGCCGAAACGAGUCAGAAAAUGAUCAUCCAAGAAGCGUUCGCCGGUGAUGAUGUCAUCGGCGACUUCCUGAAAGAGAAGCGCGACGCAGCCAAAGCCGCGAAGCCCAAAGACGUCAGCCUGGUGCUGCCGGGCUGGGGAGAGUGGGGCGGGACCAACCUUAAAGUCAGCAAGAAAAAGCGGCGCAAGUUUAUUAUUAAAGCGCCCCCUGCGCCUCCACGGAAAGACGAGCGCCUUCCUAAUGUCAUCAUAAACGAGAAGAGGAAUAUAGAGGCUGCGGCCCAUCAGGUUAAUGAGCUGCCGUUCCCCUUUAACAGCCGGCAGCACUUUGAGAGCAGCAUCCGGGCCCCGGUGGGCAGCACAUGGAAUACCGAGGGGGCCGUUCAGAAGCUGACGACCCCACGGGUGAUUACCAAGCAGGGGCACAUCAUUGAACCCAUCACCGAAGACGUCUUCCAGAAGCACAGUGCCACCAAGAAAGCGGCCAUAGAAGUGGAGGAGCCAAAGCCGCAACCAAACCAGCAACCCCCGAAAAGACCUAAGAAGAGCAAAAAAAUGACAAAAAAAAAGAAAAAAUAGAAUAGGGACAGUGACCUUCACCCCGGACGGCCGGGUCAGCAGCUGGAAGGGUCCCUGACUGAGGACCCCGGGGACCUGAUGUUUAACCCAUUGUGCUGCCUCCAGCUUUGUAUGUGGGAAAUUGCUUGAAUAAGAAUUAAUCAUGAUAAAUUAUUAACGAAACCAAGUGCGAAGAAGUGCGACCCCAACAAGUGUCCUGCGGUGACCCCAGCCUGGAAACGCCCAUAAAGCAGCCUGUGACCACCUGACGGCACUCUAUAGCGCCCUCUGUUAACCUGAACACUUCA